AUGAACACAAACUACCCCCCGUCUCGUCUUCAAGUGUCAAGUUUAUCGUGUAAAAAUAAGUGUGGCUUUUAUGGGAAUCCUUCGUGGGAUGGAUAUUGUUCCGUGUGUUAUCGCAACGCUCACCAAAAGCAAUCGAUUUCCAGUCAGGACCCCUCAACUUCCUCGAUUUCAACUCAAAAUUCAGAUACGGAGGUGAGACGCAAACAUAGUGCUGGGAAGAAUACAACUUCUUUCAUAAAUAUAUUUAAGGUUCCUCGAGAUGAUAACCGGGACCAAAAUCCAGUGAACCCAGAGGAGUGUUUACAAGCCGAAAAAGAGUUUAAAACAUUUCUAAACACCCUUCGAGCCUCUGCAAAUGCCGAUAUUUCCCGCCAUGUAGUUAUUCAUAUUUAG